AUGACAUGUAUAAUUAGAAGUUAUAAGAAUUUAAUUAUACGUGUCAAAGAAUUUCGGGUUAUAUAUAGAGAAGCAGUAGUUAGAUGGAUGGAAGAAGAAUUAUAUAUAGAAAAAUCACAGGAUAGACUUACCCACCUACUGGAUGCAUUAAACGCUAUAGAAGGAGGAGCAGAGGGAAAUUUAGACACUAUGAGUGAUUGUAGUAUAGAUUCUAUUGUAGACUAUGAUGAAGUAGAACAGUCUAGUAUUAAUCAAACAAAUAGAAAUAGUAGUCAGACAACAAGUAAACAUUCAGAUGUUAAUUUUGAGGUCGAUAAAAUUGGUUGGACGGAUAAUUCAAUAUAUAGCCCAAAACCAAAAGAAGAAGUUAGAUUUCAAGGAUUUAACACAACGGGAUGGAGAGUUAAAAAAGAUGAUGUAAUAAUCAAAGAUCUAGAGCUAGCUAAUGUAUUUGAUUUUGUGAACAAGAAUAAUCCAGAAGAUGUAACUCUUGAAAGUAUGUUUGUGCAUUUUAACAGUAGAGGGAAUCAAGCAAUUAAAGAAGUAUAUACUAUAUACACAGCAAAUCAAAACUGUUUUAAUUAUUUGUUGAAUAGUGAAAGUAUUUCUAUGCACAGUAUGAAAUUCAUAAGAACUCUAUCAGAGAAUUUGCAUGAAAUAUACAGUGCAAUGUACGAGCAUGCAGAUAUUAUAUUUGGUAGGUAUGAUAAUAUAAAAAAUACAAGUUUAUUGAACUAUCUAAUAGAGAAGCAUACUCUUCUAAAAGAAUCUGUCAUAUACAGCGAGAAUAAACUAAAACACGAGGAAGCAACUCUGACCACCCAAGGAAUACAGAAAGAGGAUAUUAGUGAUUUAUACAAAGACACUUUACAUAUAAAAAAUUCUAUAGAAAUACUUAAUAAUACAAGUGCAGUAAUAGAAGAUAUAAAAGUAAAAGUGGAUUACUAUAAAUCUAAAAGAAAACAAGAGGAUUUAAUAAGCAAUAAAGAGAAUGCCGUGGCUGCUAUACUAAAAAAUCAGAAUACAUUAGAAGAACCCUCAAACAAUACAGAUCCAUACACUAAUGCACUUUUCUGCAGACUAAGAGGUCCAUCGCAUAUUUUUUGGGAAAAUACAGUUAAGCCAUUGCACUUUCUGUAUAAAAUAGAUACAUUUUAUCUGCUAUUCAGUAUAUUCAUAAUUCUAUUUUCACAUUUGAUAUUCUUUACAGUUCUAGAAAUUACACAGUACGUAUCAGAUAAGCAAUUAAGUAUUAUAGAGUACUAUAUACACUUAAUAUGUAAUACAUUAUUUAGUGUGUUAUUAACAAUGUAUACAGCAAUGCAUACUUAUAUAAGCUAUAGAAGCAAACAGAAUAACUUAAUAAUGUAUGAGAAUAUACUGUCAAAAAUAGGCAUAAACCAAUAUAUCAUAAGGUAUAGUGUUCUGUUUUGUUUAUAUGCAAUUACAGCAGUAGGAAACCUAUUUAUAAUUUAUACACAAAUUCAGAAUAUGGUACUGUGCGGGAAUGAGUUCAUUUCUAAAUUAUUUUAUAAAGCAGAAGAGAAUCAAAUUAUUGACAUUGUAAUUUUCAGUGGGUUUGAUUUAUUCUUUAUUCUAUUCUCAGUAAUUUCCGUUAUAUUAGUGUGGAUAUCACUAUUUAAGAAAGACUGGAUAUAUAAAACACAGAGAAUAAACAUACCAGUGAUUACUGUAGUAGGGUGUAUAAUAUACCUUUUUAUGCUGAUAAUUACAGCUAUAACAUAUGAAAAGAGUGAAUUAGUGAAUAUAAAUGGAAUAAUGUACAGGUACCACAUAGGAUAUGUUGUACAAACAAUUGGUAUAUUAUUCCUGUUAACAUACCAUGCUAAGAUAUACUUAAAGAAAAGUGGAAGGAUUAAGAAAAUGGACAUGUUAAGGAGAACAAAAAGGUUUAACUAUAAAUACUUAGCAAGUAUAAUUACAAUAGGAUGUAUCUCCGGAUUAAUUUGUUCAUUUUGCAUGUACUUAUUUGUUAUUGAUGUGCAUGCUGAGCUAUUUAAGCUGAGCACAACAGAAAUAGCAAAAAAGCUUGGAGUUAAAAUGCCUCUGCCAAGUAUUUUUAUGACGUAA